UCCAUUUCACAUUUCUCCUCUCUGCCUCUUCUCUAAUCUCUCUCUCUCUCUCUCUCUCUCUCUCUCUAAAACCCUAAAGAAAGUAAUCAAUCUUGAAAAUGGAAAUAAAAUUAAGUAUAUACUUAAUUGUGAGCGUAUUAGCUUUAAGUCCUUGUUAUGGUUCAGCUAGUGAUAUAGUACAUCACGAUGAUGUAGCUCCUAAGAGACCUGGUUGCAAUAACGACUUUGUUCUGGUAAAAGUUGCUACUUGGGUUGAUGGUAUUGAAAACAUCGAGUAUGUUGGUGUCGGUGCUCGCUUUGGUCCUACUUUGGAAUCGAAGGAAAAACGUGCCAAUAAAACUAGACUUGUUUUGGCAGACCCUCCUGAUCUUUGCAUUCUGCCAAAGAAUAAGCUUAAUAGAGAUGUCAUUUUGGUGCGCCGAGGUAACUGCAGCUUCACUACCAAGUCAAAUAUUGCUGAAGAGGCUAAUGCUUCAGCUAUUCUUAUAAUAAAUUACCGGACAGAGCUUUUUAAGAUGGUUUGUGAAGCAAAUGAAGCUGAUGUAAUUAUAGGCAUUCCUGCUGUCAUGCUUCCACAAGAUGCUGGAGCAAGCUUGGAACAUUAUGUUAAGAAUAGCUCCACAGUUUCUGUGCAGCUAUAUUCUCCACAGCGUCCUCUUGUUGAUGUUGCAGAAGUGUUCUUAUGGCUCAUGGCUGUUGGUACCAUAUUAGGUGCUUCUUAUUGGUCUGCAUGGAGUGCCAGAGAAGUGACUAUAGAGCAGGAUAAACUUUUAAAGGAUGGUUCAGAUGACUUUCAACAAACAGAAGGUGUUCCAUCCAGUGGUGUUGUUAACAUCAACAUAACAUCUGCCGUUCUCUUUGUUGUGGUUGCUUCAUGUUUCUUGGUCAUGCUUUACAAACUCAUGUCAUUGUGGUUUAUGGAUGUUCUGGUGGUUCUGUUCUGCAUUGGUGGCACAGAGGGCUUGCAAACUUGCUUGGUAGCUUUGUUAUCGUGUUUCAGAUGUUUCCAACAUGCUGGAGAAUCAUUUAUAAAAGUUCCCUUCUUUGGUGCUGUCUCACAUUUGACAUUGGCCGUCUCUCCCUUCUGCAUAGCAUUUGCUGUUGUUUGGGCAGUGUACCGGCGUGUUUCAUUUGCCUGGAUAGGUCAAGACAUCCUUGGCAUCACACUAAUCAUCACGGUUCUUCAGAUUGUUCACGUACCGAACCUCAAGGUGGGAACAGUUCUUCUCAGUUGCGCAUUUUUGUAUGACAUCUUCUGGGUGUUUGUUUCCAAGCUGUGGUUCAAGGAGAGUGUAAUGAUAGUGGUGGCUCGGGGUGAUAAGAGCGGAGAGGAUGGUAUACCAAUGUUAUUGAAAAUCCCACGGAUGUUUGAUCCUUGGGGUGGCUAUAGUAUUAUCGGUUUUGGUGAUAUCAUUUUGCCUGGAUUGCUUGUUGCUUUUGCAUUAAGGUAUGAUUGGCUGACAAAGAAGAAUCUUCGAGCAGGUUACUUUCUGUGGGCCAUGACUGCUUAUGGUUUAGGUCUUCUAAUCACUUAUGUGGCUUUGAACAUGAUGGAUGGGCACGGCCAGCCAGCACUGCUCUAUAUUGUUCCGUUCACACUUGGCACUUUUUUGACACUGGGAAAGAAGAGAGGUGAACUCAAAGCACUAUGGACAAGGGGAGCUCCUGAGAGGCCUUGCCCACACAUCCGAUUUCAACCCCCUCAAUCUCAAUAACAAAGACAAAAGGUUAAUGAACACAACUCACUGUAGUUUUUUUAUUAAUUUUAGGGUGUUUAGUACACGAUGGAGCUCAAAAAACGUCACCUGUAUAAGUUGUAGGAGAGCUGAUAAUACUUGUACGUAACCAUAAAAAUGUGUGUUGGAAGUGAAUUUAGAAUGAGGCUUGACCAACAUGCGUUGUUGUAUUAGGCAUGUAAGCCUAAGCACCACUUUCCUUAGGCUUAAUUAGGUUACCAUAAUUUUAUCCUUGUUUCAAGUAUAUCUAUAAUUUUAGCGAUCCUGUUUAAAUAUUUCAAAGCUGUAGUAAAUACCUUUCCGUUCAGAUAGUUGUGGAAUGAAUGAGAAGUCGACUCUC